GCCGGAGUCAUGUUCCAGUGAGAGGUUAUUUUAAGGGUCUCGUCUGUCACAGCUGUUGUCUCAGGCACCACAGUGCUUCUGGAAUUUCCUCACCUUUUUCUCUCCGCUGGUGAGUGUGGACAAACUGCUCCAUUAACCUCUCUUCCUCUUUGGACAGAAGAGCCACAGAUUUUAUAAUGGAGAGCAGUUCUCAGCCAUCUGCUGAUGCCAGCGACCAGGUCAGUGGUCUCGAGGAGAAACCUGUGGACCCAAUGGAAGUCUUCAGCAGGCAGUUGGAGGACAUCAUCAACACAUAUGGUUCUGCAUGUAGCCUGAUGGAAGAGAAGAUCUCCAUCUUGGAGAAUGAUGAAGAGAAACUGGAUGAAGAGACCACGGCCAAGGACUUGGCUGCUACCACAGGGGCCAGCAGCAGCCCAGUCAGCAUGCUCCUUAAAGGACUUGGUAAAGAAGCUUCGCUCCUGCUGCAAAGCCUAGAAAAUCUCAUCUCACCGGAGGAGAAACUGGAGAUGGUGUUGAGGAAAUAUGCAGAGCUGCUGAAGGAGCAGAGGGACGAGCAGGUAGAGCUGAAGCUGCUGCAGAAGAAACAAGGCCUCCUGGUUAAACAGAGGGACCAGCUCCAGUUAGAGCACAGCCAGGGUAUCCUGGCACGAAGCAAGUUGGAGAGCCUGUGUCGUGAGCUGCAUAAGCACAACAUGACCCUGAAGGAAGACAUGCUGCAGAAGUGCCAGGAGGAUGAGAGAAAGCGAGCGGAGAUCACCAGUCGUUUCCAGAACACAGUAGUGGACAUCCAGGCCCAGAUUGAGCACCACAGCAACCGCAACAACAAGCUGUGCCAGGAGAACAGCGAGCUGGCCAACAAGCUCACGUCCAUCAUCCAGCAGUAUGAGAAGAGAGAGGAGAGCUUAGAGAAGAUAUUCAAACAGAAAAACCUGCAGCAGCAGCUGUCAGAUGCCAAACUGGAAGAAGCUAACCUGCGUCUGAAAGAAGCCGAGGAGAAGCAUAAGAGGGAGAAGGAAUACUUGCUUAAAGAAGCAAUUGAAAAAACAAAGAAAUGCUUCACAAUGAAGGAGCAGGAGUUGCAGUUGAAGAAGCAGCUGGUGUUGUACUCUCAGAAGUUUGACGAGUUCCAGGCCACACUGGCCAAAAGCAAUGAAGUUUAUGCUGCUUUCAAACAAGAGAUGGAAAAGAUGACCAAGAAGAUGAAGAAACUGGAGAAGGAGUCAAAUGUGUGGAAAAUACGCUUUGAAAGUUGCAGCAAAGCUCUUACUGACAUGAUUGAGGAGAGAUCUGAGAAGGGCAAAGAGCUUGAGCUCUUUACUGUGAAGAUUGAUAAGCUGGAGACGUUGUGCCGAGCACUACAGGAGGAGAGGAAAGUCCUGUACGACAAGAUAAAGGAGAUCCGCAUGCAGACUGUUUCAGCCUCAGCACCUGUGACGGACGCUGGUGAGGAAGAGAUGCCAGAGCUCUCGCAGCUGCCAGUCUCGGAGCCGGUGCACAACCCAGCGCUAACAGCAGAGAUGGAGAAGCUGUGGAAGGAGCAAGCCCGUCUGCAGGAAUUUGCAGCCUCCCUGCUGGCCUCAACUGCAGAUGACAUAGGAGGCUCUGACAGUGAGGAGGAAUCAUCUGAGCCUACACAACUAGCUCCUCUUGUUCCUGUGCCAAGUAAACCACCAACAGUCAAGUUAGAUUCCAUAACAGAGGAACACAGUCUGGAAGAAGGUAUUGAAGAGGCACGUAAAUCAGAGACUACACUGACUCCUGAGGCAGGGAAAAGUGAGGCAAUAAAAUUAGAGGCUACGCAUGAGUCCAAUCAGCAGGAGAAAGAACCACCCAAAGCAGAACCACCCAAAGUAGAGCCACCCAAAGCAGAACCACCCAAAGAGGAACCACCCAAAGAAGAACCAUCCAAAGAGGAACCACCCAAAGUAGAGCCACCCAAAGAGGAACCACCCAAAGUAGAGCCACCCAAAGAGGAACCACCCAAAGCAGAGCCACCCAAAGCAGAACCACCCAAAGAGAAACCACUCAAAGUAGAGCCAGCCAAAGAAGAACCAUCCAAAGCGGAACCAACUAAAGUAGAACCACCCAAAGAAGAACCAUCCAAAGAGGAACCACCAAAAGUAGAAACACGUAAAGUAGAACCACCCAAAGAGGAACCACCCAAAGCAGAGCCACCAAAAGUAGAACCAUCUAAAGUAGAACCACCAAAAGAAGAACCACCCAAAGAGGAACCACCUAAAGAAGAACCACCAAAAGUAGAACCACCCAAAGCAGCACCACCCAAAGAGGAGCUAACCAAAGUGCCAAUCAAAAAUGUUGCAAAAGUAGAGCCAAUCAAGAAAGACACGCCCAAGCAAAAGUCCAACAAGCCAAAUUCUGUUGACCACAAAGACACCAAACCCAAAGAAGUAAGAAGAGUUCGAGUUCAAGCUCCUAGAGUACAUUCUAGCAAAAACGAACUUCAUACAGAACAAGACUCCAAAGCAGAGUCUACAAAAGAAGCUUUAAGUGCAGAAGUGGAACCUAUAAAAGUAGAAUCUCGCAUUGCAGAACCACCUGCUCAUGAGGGUUCCACAGCAGGAGCAGCAGCAAAACCACGAAACGCCAAACCCCAGGAGGCCAAACCCCAGGAGGCCAAACCCCAGGAGGCCAAGCCCAGUGCUGGUAAAACCCCGCCUAAGAAACCGGGCUCCUCGAAGAAGAAAGCUGCAGCUAAAAUUGCUAAGAAAAGCUGAGGGACGGAACGUAAUGGAGUGUGUGAUUCUAGUCAUCUCCAUGUUCCUGAUCUUCUCUGUUAUGGUGUGUGUGUGUGUGUGUGUGUGGAUGAGUGCAGUGCUGUGUGAGGCUAAGAAGCCAUGUAGUUAUAUAUUCUUUUUUUCCCCCAAAAAAAAAGUUUAUUAAAGAGUCUUGAUAAGUUUUAUUAA